AUGAGGGUUUAUUUCAUACAGACUGCUUGUUUGCUCUUAGAGCUUUCAUCAUCAUCAGCUGUCGCCUCCCCAUCGCUCACAAUUUCGGCUGCCGCCCCAGCCUUCACGUAUAAUCGCACCAACUUUCUUCUCCAUGGCGAGCCCCAUCAGAUCAUUGGGGGUCAAAUGGAUCCUCAGCGCAUCCCCCCAGCUUACUGGCGGGAUAGACUGCAGAAGGCUCGCGCAAUGGGAUUGAACACAGUCUUUUCAUACGUCUUCUGGAACAUGCUAGAGCCAAUUCAGGGAACGUGGAGCAAUACUGGGGAGAACGACAUCGCCGCUUUCUUUCGCAUUGCGCAUGAAGAGAAUCUUAACAUUGUGUUGAGGCCCGGGCCAUACAUUUGCGGGGAACGUGAUUGGGGAGGUUUCCCCGCGUGGUUAGCCACAAUACCAGGCAUGGUCGUCCGUUCAAACAACGAACCGUUUCUCAAAGCUGCGAAGUCGUACCUUGAGAGGCUGGCUGGGGACAUCCACGCCCUUCAGAUCACUCGUGGCGGACCUAUCUUAAUGGUUCAAGUCGAGAACGAGUACGGUUCAUUUGGGAACGACCACGACUACACGUCUGCCCUGAGAGACAUGCUACAGGCAAAUUUUGAGACGGUCCUGUAUACCAAUGAUGGAGGCGUGGAGUGGACACUGGAAGGGGGCUCAGUCCCUGGCGUCCUAGCCGAGGUUGAUGGAGAUCCCAGCAGCGGAUUUAGCUCGUUGAGGAAGUAUAUCACGGAUCCAUCUCAGCAAGGACCACUCCUAGAUGGAGAAUAUUACACCUGGGCCCCAGAUCAAUGGGGUUCAUACAAUCUGCACAAUGCCAGCGAAGGCCGUCCUGAGGUGGUGGAGCAAUUCAUGAAAGAUCUGGACUAUGUACUCAGCAACGAGUCUGCUUCAAUCAGCCUCUACAUGUUUCACGGCGGGACCAAUUUCGGUUUCAGUAACGGUGCGCUGUGGCAGAACCGAACAACAGUCUUCACCUCAAGCUACGAUUAUGGCUCACCUCUAGAUGAAAGUGGUCGCACGACUAAUUUGUAUUCCACCUUCCGUGAUACCAUCCAGAAAUACGUGCAACAAGGGAGCAUUCCGGAUGUCCCUCUCAAUGUCCCACGGAUGAAGAUUCCAGAAUUUGGUCUCAUGCCGGCGAUGGGACUCUUUGACCUCCUGGGCCCAGUGACCACUGCAACCUUUCCACUUACUAUGGAAGGUCUUGGCCAGGCAUACGGAUUCACUCUGUACGAGCAUAUGGCAAUAACAUCUGUGGAUGGUUUUGUACAACCUGGGGAUCGCGCUCGGGACAGAGUUCUGGUCUAUGUUGACGGGGCGCUGAAAGGCGUUAUCGACAGCCAAUAUCAACGUCCGUUGAAUGUGAGUGUUCAUCUGACUCCUGGUACCAAGUUGCAGCUCCUUGUUGAGAACCUCGGUAGAGUAGACUACUACUCGAGAGAAAAUCCUUAUCGAAACUACGUGCAAGAUCCUUACAAAGGGAUUUUUGGAAACGUGACUAUCAACGGGGUGGCUCUGGAAGGCUGGGAUAUGUAUCCCUUGCCACUUGUAGAUGUCUCCAAAGUCAAGAAUACUACUAUGACGCCGUCCAGCUACUCAACACCCCUUUUCUAUCGUGGUACCUUCAGCAUUAGCAGGCCUGCUUCUACGCAGCUUGCGGAACUGGACACAUUUCUGGCGAUUCCGGCUGGCGUUAAAGGAAAUGUGUGGGUGAACGGAUUUCAUCUCGGACGGUACUGGCGCGUGGGUCCUCAGCAAUCCUUAUAUCUUCCAGGAACUGUGGUCAAAGCAGGUGGACAAGUGAAUGAGGUUGUCGUGCUCGAGCUGGAACCUAGCAAGACUCAUGGUCCGAUGACAGCUGUAGGACUGAAUGAGCGGAUGUGGGGAAAUGAGUUAGAUCAGGAUUGUUUACAAUGUGUUUAA